UCUAGCCCUAAUCACACAUUUGUUGCUCCAUAAUUUUCCAUUUCACAACCGUCUUCAAUUCACUUCCCUCCGACCAGCUGUCCAGUCUCCGGUGCGGCAUUUCCAAGUUCACCCGGCCUUAGUAUAUCCAGUGGCUCGGCAUUGUAAUGCUGCUGGCCACGGCGAACAAUGAUGUUUCUCAACGAAAACGAAGACUCUGAUCAAAGUAUUUCUGAAGAUGAAGAUGUAGACUAUAAUUGGUCAAGGAAUGUUGUUUCCUUAGGCAGUGCUUCUGAGGACAAGGGAAAUAUACAGAUUCUUUCGCAUCUUGAGACGCUUAAAGAUGUUCACAACCUUGAUUGCGCAACGAAGGUUACCAUUGAAUGUCAACAGAGGCAAAAAAAUAUAUGUAUUGAAGAUGAUGUUGAGCAUCCUGUUUUCAACAAUGAGGAGCAUUUCGGUAUGGCUUCUGGUUGCAAUUCAGAUGAGAAAAUUGGCAUCUUUCCUGUGUUGGAACAAAUUUGCUGUUCUGAAGAGGAAAUUAUUUCUGAAGAUGAGAAGAUUAUUGCUGGAAGUGUAAAAUGCAAGAGGGAGGGCUCACCAUCAAGAGCUAGUGGACAUACUGAGGCAGCACUCUAUUUAAAUGAAAAUUCUGGCUCUUCAUCUGCCUGUGGUAAACUUUAUAUGCCUUCAAUUUCUCAUUUUCUCCCAAAUGCAAAGUUGCCACUUUCAAGGAUUGGAAACCAGGGGAAAACCAAGCACAAAUUUUUAUUUCGUUUCAACAGAAAGAAGGAAGGCAUUCCUUUUGUUGCCCAUGAUACCAAUAAAAGUAACACGUCAUUAUCUCUGCUUCCACAAAGUGUAGAAUUAGACACAGCUCCAUCUAUGUUUGGGAAAAAGUUGAUGGAGGACUUGUUGGAUAAUAUGCAACAAAAUGAAAUAGAACGGAUAGAGAAUGAUGCAGUGCCAUCUGAAAUAGCAGUCGAACACAAAUCCAGUGAGCGUUCAAUGGCUGAGCUUCUGGAUUGUUUUCAGGAGAAGAGGGGUUUGCAGUUUGAGAAUUCUAUAAAUCAUAGUAAUAUAAAAGGAAGAAGGGUAAAGCAUUUUCCAAAGAGAAAUAUAUCAGCACUGGGUGAUAGGAAUGUAAUUGAUGAUGACAUACCUGAAGCACUGGAUAGUGAACCGUCAAUGGAUGCUGAGGAAAUUCCUCAAGUUUUGAAAUCUGUUGCCCCUGAGAGAACCAUUGCUGACCAAUUUCAUGAAGCUCUAGGAAGUGCAUCUAAGAAUGAUAGAAGACCAUAUAUUUCAGUAUCUGGGCAACAUUGUGGUGGGUUAUUUGCAAACUUGCAACGGGUGAUGCUGAGUGAGAAGGAAAGAGAUAUUAAUUUCUCGAACCACUUGCAAAUGGAUACUGAUUCGAAUGGUGAGAAAGUCUGUAUUGAUGUGAGGAUUUUGUCAAGCUCUUUAGAGGCAAAGCUGACUAUUUGUCAUUGCACUUUCAAAGAAGACGACGAGAGCGCUGACUUGCUAAAUCAUCCCAAUUUGAAAAGGACUAAAGGAGGAAGUGUUUUAACUGUUAUUUUUAGUUCAAGAGUAUGUAACGAUGUUGAGCUUGAUAAAGGGAACCUCAUCCGCAUUUACCCUCCUUGGAAGGAGGUACAUGCUAAAGAAAACGAUGAGGUCAUCAUUUUAUCUAGAUAUUUUUCAAGAAUCAGCUCUGAUCAUAUUAUGUUUUAGUAUGAUAAAGAGUUAACUUUAAGGUGAUAUCGAGGUUCCAAACUUUAAUUUUUAACUGUUGAAUAUAUAUUGUAACAGAGUCAAUAGUACUCAAAAAAAAAAAAAAAAAAAAAACUGUUGAAUUUACAUUUUCAAUAAUGUACAUUGUGGUUGCGCCCAUUGGAUGUGCCUGGUGCAUUGGUUCGUAAUAUGCGUAAAAUAUAAAUCUAUGAAUUGUGAGUU